AUGAAGGGUGCACGCCUGGAGGGUGGGGGAAAAUGGAUGAAUGGGCCGAAAUCGAUUUUUGGAGGAGAGCCUGAUGCACGGUCUUCAAAUAAGGAUCAAAACAAAGGGAGGACUGUUGUGAAGUUGGCUCAGAAAGAGACAUUUCGAGAGCGGAUGUGGGCGCUUAUGGGGGACGGUAGUGGGAGUGGGGAUGGCGAGGCUCCCAUGGAGAGGCCGUUUUAUGUGUCGAAUCAAUUCUUUUACUUGGCUGUCGCUUCAUGUGGGUACAUGUGGGGCCGUGGCAAAAAAACUUUGUUGACUCAUAUGGCACAAGCGGACAAUUUGACUUCAUCCAAGGCCGGCUGGCCCAAUGGCAAGGCGCUUGACUACGAAUCAAGAGAUUGCAGGUUCGACCCCUGCGUCGGUCAAUUUUUGGUGUUUACUUUAUCGCAUUGUGUUCAUGAUCCUUUUUUUAUCUGUGGUGGUGAGUAUGGUACCGAGAUACGAAGUACCUAG